AUAUACGGCACCAGAGUGUUGUUUACGUACGACCACAUACGUACGUUACGUGACGCACGCAAGUUUGUGUAUACGUUUGCACAGGUCGUAAAUACCGUAUGUAUAUAUAAUAACACCGUAAUCGUGUAACAGUCGUUGUUAACGUUUGCGCGGCUCCGUGUUGCGUGUGUGCGUGUGUGCGUGCGCGCGAGUGUGUGCGUGUACGGAUUAUUUUUUUUCACUCCGCUGUCACUGCACUAACUGUUACUACUACAACUAAUAAUAAUAAUAAUAGUAAUAGUAAUAAUAAUAAUAAUAAUAAUAAUACUACUACUGUUGUUAUUAUUACUAUUCAUUAUCCGUCGUCGUCGUCGCCGUUAUUGCUGUUUUGAUGAUAAUAGUAAUAGUAAUAUGAACGGCGCCUGCAAUUGGUCGCGACCGCAAUUUUCCAGUACCGGUCCCACGUCCGUCUGCCGUAAUUACGUCAACAACAACGCGACCAGCAGCCGCGACCAACGACGACGACGCGAACCACCGCCGCCGCAGCAACACCACCAGCAGCAGCAGUGACAGUGUGCCGACGUCGACUUUGACGUUAACGUUGGACACGGGCAACGGGACAAUCGGGAACGUCGAAGAGAAAGAAAACGCGUUGGAAACGACCGCCGCGGCCCGUGCCGGACACAGCCGUUGCCGUCAUCAUCACCACCGCCGCCGCCGCCGCCGCCGCCGCUGCGUCACGAAAAGUCGAACGUGUCCGUCCGUCUACGAAACCGGUCCGACUCGUACGGUACAGUUUCCCGGUGAUUUUUCGCGUGUGAUGAAGGGAACGUUCACGGCAGUCAGUCGCCAGCAACGAAAACCGUCCUCAUCGCAACAACGAAAACGAGAACAACAACAACAAAAGCAACCGCAACAAUUGCAAGUGCUGUUGUUGUCCGAUAGCAGCAACGUCCGUCAGAUGUUAUUGUACUUGGAGAGGUGAAGCGCGAGCCGUCGUCAACCGUUCCACUUCGUUUAAUGUACAGACCGACGCACAGCAAUAACCUGCAAUAUGACUUGAAAGUUGGUUACAACGAUGGCCAUCAAAGGAUCAUAGCAAUGAACGGGGAAAUUCCAAGUGUACCUAUAACAACUCUGGCUGGCAUUUCAAGUCUAACAGAUUUGUUACCUGAAAUGCCAUUGCCUUCACCUAUGCCUCAAACAUUAGGUAAUAAAUCCUUGUUGUUUCAUCCUCGUGUGGCUGAAGAAGCAGAUAUAUUACUCAGCCUUCGUGAUGAUGCAUUAGUACCACAAUUAAUUCAAUCAUUAAUAAAUACUUCAUCUGAUCAUAUACAAUUGAAAGAAAAAUACAUGUAUACAGAACAUUACAACAAUCAACAAAAUAUGCCAGAACUUCUUAAAGCUAUAUUACAACAGAAUUCUAAUGUAUUUAGAGGACCUCCACCAACAUUUCAACAACAAGAAAAAGUGAGUUUUCCAGAACAAGUACAAAAUGAUAACUCUGAUUCAAAUGAUUUUGGAGUUUCGUUGACUGAAAGAAUUAAAAAUAGAAAAAGACCUGUUCAAUCAUCAGAAAUGAACGACAAAAAUGAUAGUUUUGACAAAAAUGAAUGUACCAUAAAACCUAAAGUCAGAAAAGUUGAAAGAAAACUUGUACCCAUGUUGGAAAAAUUAUCUACUGAAGAACUAAUGGAAACUAAUACAUAUCAAAAGUUUAAUAAAUGCAUAGAAAAAGUAUUUGAGAGCACUGAAGAAGUAGAUACAUUAUUAGAUUUUGGUGAAAACGAUGCACCACCAGAAGCUUUAAUACCGAAAUAUGUAUUACAAGAAUUAUGUAGUGAAUCAGCCAAACUUAAGACAUUGGGUGCCAUGGAUUCAAUUCCUUCAAGCAAAAUAAUUCGUUUAUUAAGUAUACUCGAAAAAAAUAUUAGAGAUGGUGCAAAAGUAUCGCCUAUAGCUGAUCCAGAAGAUGAUGAAUGUGAAAGAAAACUAUGGAUGGAAUUAGCAAUGGAAAGAGUCAUGCGUGCUGUAGAUGCAUCUCUAACCACUCUUUAUGUCUUAACAUCAUCUAAAAUGCAGAAAAAGGUUUAUCUAGAAGAUGUUAUUGAUAGAGUAGUUAUGUUCACAAAAUAUCAAUUGCACAAUACAAUAUACCCAGCUUUUGAUCCAGUUUACAGAAUACAAAAAAGCAAUGAUUCUUACACUGGAAGUGCUCGUAAGAAACGCGCUCAUCCAAAAGAAGUUCGUGAUAAAAAUGUUCUAAUGUUAUACAGUAAAUUAGCAGAAGUAGUGUCACUAUUAGCAGAGCUCUUACAAAUUCAAACUCUUACUGACACUGCUGUUCUUCAUACUUCAUCAAUGGCAGUCUCACCAUUUUUCGUUGAAGAGAUUAGCGAACUCCAACUUUCUGCAUUAAAACUAGUUACAACGAUAUUCACGAAAUAUGACAAACACAGGAAAUUAUUAUUAGAUGAUAUACUUGCAUCUAUGGCAAGAUUACCAAGUUCAAAGCGAAGUUUGAAAUCAUUUCGAAUUAGUUCUGAAGAAUAUAUUCAAAUGUUAUCAGCUCUUGUAUUACAGCUAAUACAGUGUAUGGUUGUACUUCCAUCUAAUUUAGCAGAUAAACAAUCUAAUCUCGAUCCUGAUACACUAAUCAUCAGUAAAUUCAAGGCUGCAAGGUCAACUGCAUCAAGUUUUUUACAUGUAUUUUUAUCCAAGUGUAGUAGUAAAAAUGAAGAAAUUGACUACCGUCCAAUAUUUGAAAAUUUUAUUCAAGAUCUAUUGACCACUGUAAAUAAACCUGAAUGGCCUGCUUCUGAGCUUAUGCUUAGUGUGCUGGGAAGAUUAUUGGUAGCCAAUUUUGUCAACAAAAAUUUAGAUAUGUCUUUAAGAGUAGCCUCUUUAGACUAUCUUGGUGUUGUAGCAGCUAGACUGAGGAAAGAUUCUGUUACAUCUCAGUUAAAAUUAGGUACCAUUGAUUCUAUAAUUUUAGACAUACGAACUGAAGAGCUUAAAGAUGAAGAUGGAAAUUUAAUGGAAGAGGUACAAGAAGUUAAAGAUGACGAAGAAAGAACACAAUUUUUGCAAAGGGUUCUUUUAGACUAUUUAGCAAUAAGAAGUCUUUCUGAACCUGCUCUAAGACAUGCACGUCAUUUCUAUUUAGCUCAAUGGUAUCAAGAUAAUACUGAUGCAGGAAAAUCAUCUGAUUCCUUAUCAAAAAGAAAAAAAGAAAAAAAUUCUCGUAAAAAAUAUGGUUCAGAUGAUGAAGACGAUGGUGAGAGUAGUGAUUCAAGUAAAGAAAAUGAAUCUCGAAUAGAUGCAAGUAGAGCUAGUGAAAUUACAAGAUUAUGUGAACAAAGAAAGGAAUAUUUACUAACUAAAAUUAAUCCUUAUGAUGAUCAAGCUACACAAGUUAUGCAAACAUACAUUGACUAUGAUAGUGCUGAACUAGUAGCAAGAUAUUUAGCUUCUAAAAGACCUUUUUCCCAGAGUUUUGAUACAUAUUUAAAGCAUAUAAUCAAAGUUUUGAUGGAAACGUCAGUCAAUAUAAGAACAAAAGCAAUGAAAUGUUUAACAAUGAUUGUUGAAGUUGAUCCUGGUGUUUUAGGAUUAAAAGAAAUGCAGUUGGGUGUAAGUCAUUCUUUCCUAGAUCAUUCAACAUCUGUUAGAGAAGCUGCUGUUGAUUUAGUUGGGAAAUUUGUUUUAAGUCGUCCAGAAUUAAUUGAUAAAUAUUAUGACAUGUUGUCAACUCGAAUUUUGGAUACGGGUGUCAGUGUACGAAAACGAGUUAUAAAAAUAAUGAAAGAUAUAUGUAUUGAGUGUCCUGAUUAUCCAAAAAUACCAGAAAUAUGUGUUAAGAUGAUACGUCGUGUAAAUGAUGAAGAUGGUAUUAAAAAAUUAGUUAUGGAAGUGUUUCAAAAUAUGUGGUUUACGCCAGUACGCGAAAAACCCACUCUUGAUUCCAAAAUGUUAUUAAGGAAAGUAUUAAAUAUAACUGAUGUUGUAGCAGCAUCAAAAGAAUUGGGUUUAGAAUGGUUUGAACAACUAUUAUUGAGUUUGUUUAAACCCAAAGAAGAUAAAGAUGACACAGCUAAAGUAGCUACGGAACCUCCUAAAGCCCUACUUACAGCUUGUAAACAAAUUGUGGACUGUUUAGUUGAAAAUGUUGUGACACUGGAUGGUGGAGGUGGAGGUACAUCACAACAGCUUGUUGCUUGCCUUACUACAUUAUAUUUGUUUGCUAAAAUACGGCCACAGUUAUUAGCUGCUCAUUCUUUAACUCUUCAACCAUAUUUAAGUUUAAAAUGUCAGACACAAGGGGAUUAUCAAAUCAUAAGCUGUGUUGCGCGGACGCUUGAGCUUGUUGUCCCUUUGAUAGAACAUCCAAGUGAGAUAUUUCUAUCGCAGCUUGAAGAAGAUGCUGUCAAACUCAUUAUGAAACACGAUCAAACUGUAAUUUUGAGUUGUAUUUCUUGUUUGGGAUCUGUUGUGAAUAAUGUAACAAAAAAUUUCAAGCUAAUCAGGGAUUGUUUUGGAAUAUAUUACAAAUAUUUGACUAACUUUCAAAAGUUACAUCAAGAUAAUCAGACCAAUCCUCAAGCUUUAAUACCAUUACGCCCGAUUUUUCGCCGUUCAAUUUAUAUUAUUGGAUUAAUGUUGAGAUUUUUCGAUUUUACUGAUAAAGAUGUUUAUGGUGAUACAUAUCCAGAAAACAUUAGAGAUUUAGUGUAUGAUAUUAUGUCAUACUUUAUGCGUGCGAAUGAAGAUGAUACUAAAUUAUUUGCAUUAAAAGCAAUUGGAUCAAUAUGCAUUCGACAUUAUGAUUUUAUGUUGUGUCAAGAUUUAAUGAAUACGUAUCUUGAUAUUUUGUCCAAUAACAAUAUACUAGAUAUAAUGAAGUCUCAAAUUUUGAAUAACAUUGAAGUGUACUUAGAAGAAGAAGAAAAGAGAAUGAUUAAACAAGAUUUGGAAUGGUCUAAGAUGUCUAAAAAAGAAAACUUGAAAGAAAUGGGUGAUGUUUCUUCUGGAAUGGCUAGUACAGUUAUUCAGUUAUAUUUAAAAGGCAUAUUAAAUUCAUUUUUACAUACUAGUGUUCAAGUUCGGCAAGCUGUACUUAAAGUAAUACAAUUAAUUUUAGCCCAAGGGCUUGUGCACCCUGUUCAGAUUGUGCCUUAUUUAAUAUGUAUGAGUACUGAUACUGAGAAAUCAGUAAGCAGUCGAGCUGAUAAGCAUUUACAAGAAAUUGAGAAAAAAUAUCCGGGUUUUAUACAUAUGGGUGCACAAAAGGGCAUUAAACUGUCAUUUCAGUUACAAAGCAUUGUACAACCUGAUGGUGAAAUGGUUCGUGGAUAUCGUAUUAAAGAAAAUGAUACGAUUCCAAGUGCUUUGAAUGGAUGUCUAUAUUCUAUACUAAGAACUAAACAACAACGUAGAGCUUUGGUGUUAUCAAUUUUAAAACAGUUUGAAGAUCAAGGAAAAACAAAUUUAGCCCAAAUGUUAUACUUAGCUGAUAAUCUUGCAUAUUUUCCAUUUCAAUCACAAGAUGAACCGUUAUUUAUUAUACAUCACAUAAAUACGAUGAUAUCAGUUAAUGGAACUAAUUUACUUCAAAACUUUAGAGAGGGUCUUCUUCCUAAUCCUAAUGCCCCAGCACAUACUAAUAAAGUAGAUGGUACUGUUGAAGAUGAAGAUGAUGAAGAUGAAGGGACACUUGUAGACAGAGUACCUGAUGAUAUAAAAAAUCUACAAGAGGUUCUUAUAAAGUCUCAAGGCUGCCUUUUACUUUUGGUUCUCAAACUGUACCUGAAAACAGUUUAUGGAAUAACAGAUUUAAAAAUUACUCAAUAUUCUCCAUCAGAAUCUAGUAAAAUGUAUGACAAAAAUUUAAGUAGAAAAUCAAAUACAAAAUUUAAUCCAAAGGGUACUAUAGAGAAAUUAAAAUAUGGAUUAGAAAUCAAUACUGAGGAUUUACUCAAAGCCAAACAAGAAUUGAUUGCUUAUUAUUUAGAGUUGAAACAUUUGAUUAUUAAUCUUGAUCCGGAUGAUGAAGGAAAUGAAGAUGAAAUGAAGACUCCUAGAGCAUCGAAGACCAUUCCUACAACACCAACUAAUCAUAUUACAAAUACUUCUCAAACAGCAACGACUCCUAAUCAUAUAGAUUCCUCAAAUGUGUCUACUGAAUCAUCUGAUUAUCAAAAACAAAAUAAUAUGCAAUCGACACCUAAGGUUCCUAAAUUGACUAUUAUACCUCCAAAACCUCCAUCAUCAAAGCAUUCACAACAUCAUCAUCGAUCACACAAAUCUAAAAAAGCUGAUCGUCCUAAAAAACAUCAUCAUAAGCGGAAGAAAACAAAAGGUGGUGGAAGUUCUGAAGAUAGUGACAAUGUAUAUAGUGAUCCAGAUUUCUUAGUUUAAACAGGUACCUUAUUGUAAUUUAUGUUGUACAUACAUUUGUUGUAAAGUUAAAUUUGUUGACAGAUAAAUAAUUUAUUUUUAUGGAUAGUAAAUAUUAGAUUUUAAGUGCUCAAUUGACAAUUCUUCUUACGAUUCUAGUGCACUUAAAUACUUGAAGUAUUCUUUAUUAUACGAGUACAUAAUUAUUUGGAGGUCUGAAA